CGGGUCUGUAGCUGUAGGUCUAGAGCGGCGGCGCGGCAGCUUGCGGAGAGGGUCCGAAUUUUUAUUGCCUUACUGGGUUUGAACGGAGCCGUUUCACAUGCUGGACACUCCGAGCGUGUGUGCGGGGAAACAUCGUGGCCUCUCGAAAGCAUUGCAAUUCAACCGAAGCGUCACGUCAAACUUCUGGCGGCUGCGCCACGCCAGAAGGGGGUCUCCCUCCGCCAAGUGAAGUGCUUUCUGUAAAGACUGCGGCUGACCCUUUGGGACCGUUUGACUUCAGGAGUGACGCUUUCUUGUUAUGCCAUUUCCCACUGGAGGGACGGUUUGAUUUCCCUGUUUCCAGCGCGACCUCUCAGCAGCAGCGCUGAUCCGAGCGCCUCCGCAGUGGAGACGCAAGGCUUCCAUUUUUGUCGCAGGCGGAGCACGAACGCAACAGCCCAGCGAAGCUCGAGCGGGAGAGGAAGCUGAGCGCGGUGGCAAGUUAUCCUUCAAAAUAAAACAAGCUCGGUCCGUCAAGCGCUCGCAUUGUUGGCCACAUCAUGGAUGAAGAGCGGCUCAUCGAGGAGGUGGAAAGCCACAGCAUCCUUUAUGACACUACACACCCGUUUUAUAAAGACAACGGUCGAAAGGAAAAAGCCUGGGCCGCCAUAGCAGAAGUAAUGGAUGUGGAUCCUGACCUUUGCAAGGCAAAAUGGCGGACACUGAGAGACGGCUUUGUCAAAAGUAGGAAAAAAGCUUCUUCCAACGGCUUGCACAGAGAGUGGAAAUUUAAGGACAUAAUGGCCUUUCUGUCGCCCUACAUACUGCCGAGAAGUUCAAAAGGCAGUCUGGGCGGCUCCUGUGCGGAUGAGGAGAGAUCAGCGACUCCAGUGUCACUGAGUGGAAUGGAGGAGCAGGCCCCUGUUACACCAAGCACACAGACACUUUCUACGGCGCCCCCCGCGGAACCCCCAAGAUCUAGUAGGAGAGACAGGCGUCGGAGGUCCCGCAGCCCGAGGGAUAGGGAGCGGAGUGAAACCAGGAGGCGAGGACUGCAUACCAGCAUAGAGGAGCAGUUUCUCUCAAUCUUACAGGAGUCGGAUGCCAAACCCGAAACUGAGACCGACGAGUGCUAUCAUUUCGCACUUAGUCUGGUGCCACUUUUGGUCAAACUGGACCCAAAUCAGAGGCAUUGGGCGAAAAUAGAAAUGUUGAACACCUUACACAAACUCAAGAGCUCAGCUCCGGGACAGGCCCAAAUGGAGAGCAGUCACGGUCACACACCCCACCAUUUGACACCGCCAAUGGACCACCACCUGGACGUGGAGCUUUCUGGCCAUGUGACAAUCCCCCAGGACCAAACCCCAUCAGGCCAUUCACCCAGAUCAACAACUCCCACUGAGAAAAUGCUCCUCCCUUAGUAAAUAGAUUUCUGUGUGUUACGAUGUUUUUUUACAAACCAGUUAUGGCUGUACUGACAACAUACUUGCAGUAUGGGACUAUUUUACAGCGCGUUUCAUCUGUACAAUUUAGAUAUGCCUCUCAAUAAAUGUUCAACCACAGCAUUGGGAUCAGUGGUUCACUGUGGAUAGAAGUUCAAGCUCACCUCAAUGCGACAGCCAGUCUUU